AUGACCGUGCGUACGCACGCAGCUCUAAAGAAGCCCAGGAAAUCAUUGGAAGAGUGGAAAGAGGUCAUAACCCUUCCUCGCAGGAUUCCGCUCCAGCUCACAAGGCCAGGUCAAUUCAGCAGUGGCUGCAAAAGAACAUUCCAGAGUUCAUCUCUGCUUUGGAUUGGCCCUCAGGAGGCCCUGAUCUCAGCUUUGGUCAGAACAGAAGAGGCAUGUCACAGAGCACACUCUAACUUAGAAAGCCUCAAACAACCGAGCAGUUGA